GAUACUGCUACUGUGAAAGUCUCUCAUCCGAGCACACAUGUCUGCACGCCGAUUCUCGCUCCCCUUCGAUACGUUCAAGCUCCCACUCCCAACAGGGCGCCGGGCAUCAUGCUCGUCCAGCCACCCGCCGAGGGUCAAAGCCGCAGGCGAGGCUUGGGAAUGUCUCCCCGGCCAACCAUCCGCGCGCCGAAAAUCGUCCUUGAAACGGGCGUCCUGGUCGUCUGCAACCUCUUCGUCACCGUCCAUGGGGGAUUCGGGGGAUGGGUCCAGCGCAAGCUCUGAUUUCUCACACGACAGCGCAGGGGCGUCCAAAUGGCCGCUCAUCCCGCCGACAGAAACUAAAAUCCACUCCCGGCUGGCUGACCGGGUGGUUCCGCGGGACGCACACCCGCUCACGCACCGCAUCAUCUUGCACGUCCACUCGCCGAAGCCCCUCCCGCGGCACACAUGCACCCUCCCGGUCGACGGCGCGCCACCGAUAUGCGACAUGGCCGCGCUGCCUGUGGGCGUGUCGCUCCAAGACGACUGGGACUUCGAUCUGCGCCCGGGGGAGGCGCCGAACGUCAGAUUCCUGACGCCGCCCGUGGAGGGAUUCGACGACUCGGUUGCGUGUCACGAGAUGAGAGAGCUUAUACGUACGUCUGUACUCAUGUACUACCUGGUCUUGGGCUCGGAUGGUGAGAUCACCGACUUCCGCAAACAGCAAGCGUUUUACCUUAAGCGGAACGCCGGGCCUGGCCCGGGCCGCGUGGUCGAGUGCUACGCGGAUUCAUUGGUACUGUGA